CCAUCGCCUGGCUGAUGCUGCGCCACGCGCCGUACAGCACCUGGCGUCCGUCUUCGUGCCGCGGUGGCGGCGGUGGCGGCGGUGGCGGUAGCCCUCGCUGGGGGAUGACCCCUCGGCAAGUGUCGCUGUGCCGCUCCACCCUGGAGGCCAUGCCCCACCUGGCCAAGGCCGCGCAGCUGGCUGUCACCACCUGCAGGCAGGUGUUCGCCGACCGCCGCUGGAACUGCUCCUCGCUGGAGGCCUUGCCCCGCCUCAGCCCGGACCUCUACGCCGGCACCCGCGAGCAGGCCUUCGUGUACGCGCUCAGCGCGGCGGCCGCGACGUACUCCGUGGCGCGGGCGUGCGCGCAGGGCGCACUGCCGCACUGCUCGUGCGCCGGGCCACCGCGCGACCCGCCCAACGGCAACUUCAAGUGGGGCGGCUGCGGCGACAACGUGCGCUACGGCGCCCUGCUGGCGCGCCAGUUCGCGGACGCGGCCGAGAGGGGCGGUGGAGUCCAGCGAGACGACGCAGUGCAAGCCGCCCCCAGCGCCGCCCCCAGCGCCGCGUCGCCGCGCUCCUUCUCGCACGACGACCUCAUCUUCCUCACCAAGAGCCCCGACUACUGCCUGCCCGACCCGCGCACCGGGAGUCUGGGUACUCGCGGCAGGUCCUGCAACGCCAGCUCCAAUGGGUUCGACAGUUGCCAGGACAUGUGCUGUGGGCGAGGCUUCCGUACUGUCACGGUGGAAAAGGUGGAGAGGUGUCAAUGCAAGUACUACUGGUGCUGCUACGUUCGCUGCAAGACAUGCACAUCGUGGGUCGACAUACAUGAGUGUUUAUAG